AUGGCCCAGCGUGUGGCAGUAACCGACGGCGGCCGAAAGAAAGCCUCGCGGGUGAGGGUCGCGGUUCGUCUGCGGCCUUUUAUGGACGAGCAGGACGAGAAAGGCGAGGGACCUUGUGUGCGAGGCCUCGAUUCGCAGGCCCUGGAGAUCGUCAACUGGAGGAACGCCACAGAAACGCUCAAAUACCACUUCGAUGUGUUCCAUGCAGAGCAAACGACACAACAAGAGGUCUUCCUGUCAUCGGUCAAGCCCAUUCUACCGUACAUCACCAGGGGCCAAAACGCUAGCGUCUUUGCCUACGGGCCAACAGGAGCUGGCAAGACGCACACCAUGUUGGGCAGUUCAGAGCAGCCUGGCGUGAUCCCUCGUGCUGUCGGCGAAGUCUUCAAUCUCGUCAACUCUCAGGAUGAUGACGAGGGCUGGGACUACGCCAUUGGAAUGUCUUAUUUAGAAAUUUACAAUGAGAAGGUACUCGAUCUCCUGUCGCCAAGCUCCCAGGACUUGCCCAUCCGCGAGGACAAAGACAAGAACAUCCUCAUACCGGGCCUCACGCACACGCCGAUCACGUCUUUCGCCGACUUCGAGCGGCAUUUCGCGCCGGCCAGCCUCAAUCGCACCACCGCUUCGACCAAACUGAACCAGCGCUCCAGCCGCAGCCACGCCAUUCUCCUCAUUAAGGUUGUACGCACUCAGCGCUGCCUGCCCCGCCGGCAACAAACCGGUAAACUGUACCUGGUGGACCUGGCCGGCUCGGAGGACAACCGCCGCACAGGCAACCAGGGCAUCCGACUAAAAGAAAGCGGUGCCAUCAACCUGUCGCUCUUCACUCUCAGCAAAGUGGUGGACUCGCUGCGGGCAGGCGGGCCGGGACGCGUGCCCUACAGGGACAGCAAACUGACGCGCCUGCUGCAGGACUCUCUCGGGGGCUCGGCGCACUCUCUCAUGAUCGUCAACAUCGCCCCCGAGUACGAGUACUGCUUCGACACAGUCGGGGCGCUCAACUUUGCGGCCAAGUCAAAGCUCAUCGUGAACAAGCCCUUCACCCGGGAAACUGUGGCUGUGCCUCCAGUGAAGCGGGCCAGAGAGGAGCAUGAGCUGGGCCAGUCUGGCACGGUGCCUCAAAAGAAGAAGCAGAGCGACUCGAAGAAAUCUGAGCAGGAGGCCUCGACCUUGCCGUCGACUCACGUUCACAGUUUGUCAGAACUGUCAUUAAUGGAGAGGCUGCUUGCUCUGGAGAAGCGGGUGAUGUUCUGCGAGAGGAACGAUGCCGUCACUAUGCUGAAGGAUGCGACCCGCCAGGAGAUCCAGGACCUUAAAGAGGCUCACAUAAAGUUAGAGAGGAAGGCGAAGACCAGUUGCAGUCAGGAGCCGGGCUUCAGGAACAGUGCGGCGGCGGCGCCUCUGCAGCCCAAACUGCUCACCAGAGGCAAAGCGCAGCAGGCGACGGUCCAGCCGCUGCAGGAUCGCUUGUCCCAGCCGCCGCCUCGGAUGCCGCUCACAGUUAGGAAGCAGUCAGUCUGUAUCAAGAAGGAAGUGGCCGGGACGCUUCCGGAAAAGGCUGAGCUUCCAGACGGCAAAGAGAACAAGGUGAUGAACGACUGGGAGUCCCAGCUGGACAAGUCCGUUCUAGAACAGUCCAGGCAGAAGAUUCUCCAGAUCCUCAACACGGGCUCCCUCAAAGAGCUGAAGAGUCUGCAGCAGAUCGGCGACAAGAAGGCAAAGCUCAUCCUGGGCUGGAGGGAGCUUCGCGGGGUCUUUUCCAAGCUGGAAGAUGUACGUCAAGUCGAAGGGAUGACGGAAAAAAGAUUUUCCACCUUCCUGAAGGCAAACCUUUUGAGUGUUCUGGGAAAGUGAUCUUUUUUUUUUUUUUUUUUUUUUUUUUUUUUUUUUUUUUUGCACCCCAAGUCAAUGCAAUGUUUUGUGUAAAUAUACAGUGUGUGGAUGACCCCAUGACCUGCAUUGCAUCUGGAAAGUUGACUUUUUGUUACAGCAUUGUUUAAAAAAAUGCAAUAUAGCCACCUUCUCAAGAACAUUGUUUACAAUGAAUUUUUUUUU